GAUUCAAUCGAAGGAUGUUUGAGACAGGAGAACGUUGCAGAUCACAAUCAGCAGCAACAAUCAGAUAUAAGUAAACAUGAUGAGAGUAAUAUUGUUGGUGAUGGAAGUAAUCAAAUGAUGCAGCAAAAUGUCAACGAUAUGAACCUAAUGGUCAAUGCAAACAUUGAUGAAUCGGAAAUUGAAAUGAUCGAAGAGGACACUGUUGGACAAAUCGUCCAAGGUGAAGAUGGGGGUAACAAAUAUGCGAUGGUUGAGGUGUUGGAUGGUGUUGUUGAGAAUACGAUUCAUUCAGACAGCAACAUGAAUAUGAGUGAUAAUACUAAUGAUAGUAUGAAAAUGGAUGAGAGUAAUAUGAAUGAUGGCGAUAGUGGUGAAGCGUUGUAUAUUGAUGGCAUGAUUGAUCCCUUACCGCAGGGAAUCGAGUCUAUGGCACCUGUCGAUGUCCUGAAUGCGGCCAGUCGUUUGUGA